UCCUCCUCCUCCUCAUCUUCCCUCUUCAGAACUACAACUAGAAAGAUCUCUCUCUCCAGUGCUCAGCGCCGUUCGUGUGUUGCUGUGAGCUCUCACAUGACCAUGGAGGAGAAGCCUGUCUCUGACAACCGAAUGCUCGUGUAUGUGCCUCCACACCCUUUGAUCAAGCAUUGGGUUUCAGUUCUGAGAAAUGAGCAGACUCCUUGUCCUAUCUUCAGAAAUGCAAUGGCUGAGUUGGGGAGGCUACUAAUGUAUGAAGCUUCAAGGGAUUGGCUGCCUACUGUGGCUGGGGAGAUUCAAUCACCUAUGGGUGUUGCUUCAGUGGAAUUCAUUGAUCCAAGAGAGCCUGUGGCCGUAAUUCCAAUCUUGAGAGCUGGUCUUGCUCUUGCCGAGCAUGCGUCGUCGAUCUUGCCUGCAACAAAAACAUACCAUCUAGGAAUAAGCAGAAAUGAGGAAACACUUCAGCCAACCAUAUAUCUGAACAAGUUACCUGAGAAGUUUACAGAAGGAUCUAAAGCAUUUGUGGUUGAUCCUAUGCUGGCAACAGGUGGUACUAUAGUGGCAGCCCUCAAUCUAUUAAAGGAACGUGGAGUAAGCAACAAGCACAUUAAAGUGAUAUCUGCUGUGGCUGCUCCUCCAGCCCUUCAAAAGCUUAGCGAGCAGUUUCCUGGGCUUCAUGUAUAUACUGGAAUAAUUGAUCCUACAGUUAAUGAAAAAGGGUUUAUAAUUCCUGGUCUUGGAGAUGCUGGGGACCGCAGCUAUGGCACUUAAACUACAUGAAAUGAACAAAAAUACAUGUGUCCCGUACCUGCUUCAUUUCCAUUUUUGAGGCACUAUAAUUUUCUUUCUUUUUUUUCUUGAUUUUUUAUGGCUACUGGAUUUCCAACAUCAUUUGAUUGAUUUGACCAGUAGCCCUCUUAGAGGCCUUUUUUCCUUUUAAAAAAGUUAGUUUUGAUUUUAAUUUUAAAUUUUUAACAAAACAAAAAACUCUGAAAAUUGGCUAGUGUCUAUAUUUUUGUAUAAUAUGCUAACGUUAGCGUUCUGGUCUUUGGUAGUAGUAUCUAUAUAAUUAUUCAAUUUGAAAA